UUUUUAUUAUGGUUGCCAAGAAUUCAAUUUGUUGUAAAGCCAUCUGAGCCGACUAAACAUUUUACUAGGAUACAUUCUGUUGUGAAAUUUGUACAAAAUUGGAAAUAAUGGGUCCACCUAAGAAAUCAAAAAAGGAUAGAUUUCCCGGGGAUAAAUUUGGCAAAAAGCGUCGUGCUGAAGAUGAAGCUUUCACUCAACUGGUAGAAGAUGGUGACUCCUUGGCUUCUGAUGGCGUUGCUGAGUUAGAUGGAGUGCCAGUGGCCGCUUCUAAAAAUGUUGAAACAAACGACGAUGGCAUUAUGACGGACGAGUAUGGUGCCAAGGAUUAUCGUGCACAAAUGGAACUCAAGUCUGAUCAUACAAAUAGACCUUUGUGGGUUGCGCCAAAUGGACAUGUGUUUUUGGAGUCGUUUUCACCAGUUUAUAAGCAUGCACAUGACUUUUUAAUCGCCAUUUCUGAGCCUGUUUGCCGACCAGAACACAUACACGAAUACAAAUUGACAGCUUACAGUUUAUAUGCAGCCGUUUCUGUAGGCUUACAAACACACGAUAUAGUUGAAUAUCUGAAGCGUUUAAGUAAAACAUCAAUUCCAGAGGGUAUCAUUGAGUUUAUAAAACUAUGUACAUUGUCUUAUGGAAAAGUGAAACUGGUGCUAAAACACAACAGGUAUUUUAUUGAGUCACCACAUCCCGAUAUAUUACAAAAACUAUUGAAAGAUCCAGUCAUACAACAAUGUCGCUUAAAACGCGAAGAAGGCGAUGCUUUCAUCCAGGGCACAUUGGAAGGCAAAGCGAUCACACAAUUCGGCACGAAAUUGCCGCCAGGUGAAACCCCAGCCACAACAACUAAUAAUAGUAAUGACCCCGCGGCGCCUGCUGCACCUGGCACGGCCGCUGCAACCAAUCCAGAUGGCACUACUGUAGUACCAGAAGACAUUACAAACUUCUAUGAUAAAAUCGACAAUGAGGAAGAAGACGAGGAUGAGGCUAAUUUGAAAACAGUGUCCUUUGAAGUGAAUCAAGAAAAAAUCGAAGUCAUACAGAAACGUUGCAUUGAAAUUGAACAUCCCUUACUGGCUGAAUACGAUUUUCGUAACGAUACACAUAAUCCCGAUAUAAAUAUAGAUUUGAAACCAGCUGCGGUGCUGCGUCCUUAUCAAGAGAAAAGUUUGCGCAAAAUGUUUGGUAACGGUCGUGCCAGAUCCGGUGUGAUUGUGUUACCUUGCGGUGCUGGUAAGUCACUUGUUGGCGUGACAGCCUGUUGUACCGUACGUAAGCGCGCUCUGGUACUUUGCAACAGUGGUGUUUCGGUGGAGCAAUGGAAACAGCAAUUUAAAAUGUGGUCCACAGCGGAUGACAGUAUGAUUUGUCGCUUCACAUCUGAGGCUAAAGACAAGCCUAUGGGCUGUGGUAUACUGGUGACAACUUACUCAAUGAUAACACACACACAGAAGCGUUCAUGGGAAGCAGAGCAAACUAUGCGUUGGCUACAAGAACAGGAAUGGGGUAUUAUGGUGCUCGAUGAAGUACACACGAUACCGGCGAAAAUGUUCAGACGCGUUUUGACAAUUGUACAAUCCCAUUGUAAAUUGGGUCUCACAGCUACACUUUUGCGUGAGGAUGACAAAAUCGCCGAUUUGAAUUUCCUCAUUGGACCGAAAUUGUAUGAAGCGAAUUGGUUGGAAUUGCAGAAGAAGGGUUACAUUGCCCGCGUACAGUGCGCUGAAGUAUGGUGUCCCAUGUCACCGGAAUUUUAUCGCGAAUAUCUUACAACAAAAACAUCGAAGAAAAUGUUGUUGUAUGUGAUGAACCCAUCCAAGUUUCGUAGUUGUCAGUUCCUUAUAAGAUAUCAUGAAAAACGUGGUGACAAAACAAUUGUGUUUUCGGAUAAUGUGUUUGCGCUGAAGCAUUAUGCUAUAAAAAUGAAUAAACCCUUCAUUUAUGGACCUACCUCACAAAAUGAGCGAAUUCAGAUUUUGCAGAAUUUCAAAUUCAAUCAAAAGGUCAACACAAUUUUCGUGUCAAAAGUGGCCGAUACAAGUUUUGACUUGCCCGAGGCUAAUGUGCUGAUUCAGAUAUCCUCACAUGGUGGUUCGCGUCGUCAAGAAGCGCAACGUCUGGGACGUAUUCUGCGUGCUAAGAAGGGUGCAAUUGCAGAGGAAUACAACGCCUUCUUCUAUACACUCGUUUCGCAGGACACCAUGGAAAUGAGCUACUCACGCAAACGUCAAAGAUUCUUGGUGAAUCAAGGCUACAGUUAUAAAGUGAUCACGCAUUUGAGUGGCAUGGACACUGAUCCGGAUCUAAUGUAUAAGACACGCGAAGAACAAUCUCAACUUUUGCAGCAAGUGCUGUCGGCAUCAGAUCUCGAUUGCGAGGACGAAAAAGUGCCAGGUGAGCCCGGUUAUCGACCUGGUGGUGGACCUGCAUCUAAACGUGCUGGCGGCCUGAGUUCAAUGUCGGGCGGUGACGACGCCAUCUACUAUGAACAGCGCAGGCGCAAUGCAGGCUCAGUACAUCCACUUUUCAAGAAAUUUAGAGGUUAAGCGUGAUAUACGAAAAAUUUAAAUACAACUAAUCACAACUAAAAUUUUAAAA